AUGGAUGGCGUCACCUCUGUCCCAUACGAGAUCUGCAACAGUCUGGGUUUUCAGGGCGGGGCCCAGCCUGUGUUCUUCGGUAGUACCUGUAUGGCGAGGAACCUGUGCCAUGAGCUGCUGCACACCCUGGGCCUGCACCACGAACACACACGGUUGGACCGUGACCGCUACGUCACCAUACAGUGGGAGAGCGUGGUCCCAGAAAAAGAGAAGAACUUCCAAGUUUCAGCUGGCAUCGCCAUGGCCAUGACCCCAGAUAUUACAUGCCUGUCAGGGCCAGGGGUGAACCUGAACAUCAGCUUCACCUUCGGCCCCACCCCCUGCAACCAGACAGUACUGCGAACCCCACCCUAUUCCCCAGAGGCCACUGCGUUGUUCGCCACCGCGAUCACCCUCAUGAUGAUCCUCACCAUCGUGGGCAACAUCCUGGUCAUCAUCGCCGUACUGACCUCGCGUUCGCUCCGCGGCCCACAGAACCUCUUCCUGGUCUCGCUGGCCGCAGCCGACAUCCUGGUGGCUACCCUCAUCAUCCCCUUCUCGCUGGCCAAUGAGCUUCAGGGAUACUGGGCAUUCCGCUCACUGUGGUGUGAGAUCUACCUGGCGUUGGACGUCCUCUUCUGCACGUCCUCCAUCGCUCACCUCUGUGCCAUCUCUUUGGACCGCUACCUGUCCAUCUCCCGGCCCGUGUCCUAUGGCGCCCAACGGACCCCCGCACGCAUCAAGGCGGCAAUCGUGGUGGUCUGGCUUCUCUCGGCCGCCAUCUCCUUCCCUCCCCUCCUCUCCCUGGAUAAGAGUGAGGGAGGGGUGGAGGUGUGUGAGCUGAACAACGAGCGUUGGUAUAUUCUCUACUCCACCAUCGGCUCAUUCUUCGCCCCGUGUCUCAUCAUGAUCGGGGUUUACAUCAGGAUCUACCAGAUCGCCAAGCAACACACAAGAUGUCCGCCAGGGGAAAAACCCAACCCUAACAAAACUCCCGGCAACGCGUCUAGCAACACUCCUAGCAACCCAACAGCCCACGCACCUGGACCUGUCAUUACCCUCCAGCCCAAGCCUCUCAGCCAACUACAGCACAACAGAGGGGAGGGAGGGAAAGCAGACGGACAAUCCAAGGAUGCCGUAUCUUCGAAGAGUCUCCCUCCUUCUUCACCAAACUCUGUCCCCACCUCACCCCAGCCUCCCUCACCCACCAUAGCUCGCUCCCCCACACUCCCCCUUGCAGACAGCCAACCUGAGGAGACCCACAGACAGGGUGAGAGACAGGAGGAGAGACAGAGAAACACCACCAAUGAUGACAGCUUCAGCUCUGGCUCCGAGGCAGAGGCAGAGAUGAGUGAAAAAGGAAAGGGGGGGGGAGGGAACGGGACAGUUAAGAAUAAUGGAGGAUCAAAGUCUGGAGGUGCAGGGUUAAAAAUUAAACCUCUCUCUUCUCUGACCUCUCACAAGUUCAAAAAGACUGUUGCCACCCCCACCAGCACAAAGCUGGCCUCUGACAGGCCAGGGAAGGCCCAGGCCACGCCAAUGUCUCGGCGCAAGGCCAUGGUGAACCGCGAGAAGCGCUUCACGUUUGUCCUGGCUGUGGUAAUCGGGGUGUUUGUCAUCUGUUGGUUCCCUUUCUUCUUCUCCUACUCGCUGCAGGCCAUCUGUCCUGAGACCUGCUCUCUCCCUGAUCCCCUCUUCAAGUUCUUCUUCUGGAUUGGCUACUGCAACUCCUGUCUGAACCCUGUCAUAUACACCAUCUUCAACCAGGACUUCAGGAAGGCCUUCAAGAAGAUCCUCUGUAGGGACACCAAGGGGACAAACUUCUAGAGUGGAUACUGUGUAGGGACACCUUCUUUUAGAGUAUAUGCUGUGUAAGGACACUAAGGACAAUGACUUCUAGAGUGGAUAUACUGUAAGGAUAGCUUUUAGCUUUCUUGUGUAAGAAACCACAGACAAUCUGCUGAGUACGUCCUUUGCUGAACAUUCUGUUAGAUCAGAUAACAAAAGGCUGAACUAUGGAAUGCUGGAGUAGAUCAAGAUGCUCUGAUCCCAUUGGGGGCAGUGGGAGAGGAGGGAGGGACGCAAUAUACCUGAAAAAAAUAACUCUGUUACAGCUUGUUUAGUGAUCGGAACAAAACAGGGCCAUCAGUCAUGAGGACGUGUUGCUCAAAUUACAUUAUAAACUGAGUGGUUCGAACUCUGAAUGCUGAUUGGCUGACAGCC